AUGGCUGCUGUAAUGUCGACUAAGCUGUUGAAAGAAGCAUUCUUUCAGAAUCUUAAAGGAACUGGAGGCAGUGACUCAGGAAGCAAAGUGAAUAUCCCUUCAGAAGACCCUAUUGAAGUAUACAAUCAUGCCAUAAAACAAUUUAAUGCUAAAUGCAAUCGCACCAAUGAGAAUGGUCAUUAUGAAAAACUCACAAAUAAUUGAUUUUAUAAAGCUUGAAUGCUGAGGUGGUUUACCAGGAUUCGUGCAGACUCAAACUGCCUUUUCUUAGUGCUGUCAUUUUUAGCAAGCUUUGCUAUAGGAAUAAUUCCGUAUUUGAACAUAAUUGAUUUUACUAUUUGGUUUAUUAUACUUUUAUUCUAUGAAAAACAGAGAAAAAUCCAUAUUCUUUAUAGGAAAAAUAAACCUAUUAGCAUUUUUAUGAUAAUUUACUUUUAUUUUAUAUAAAAUAGCUUAAUUUAAAUGCAAAAAUCAGCAAGAACCCAUUUCAGUACAUGAUUUUUGACCCAGAAAUAUGCAGACAAGCCGGAUUAAUGAAUGCAUAUUAUGAGUUGCCAAUUUCUGCAUUGAGUACUGUUGGGUUAAAAGAAGCACAAAUUCAGAUGCUGAAAGGAAGGGCUGGGAAAAGUGGAGUGGUCAUUUUUAUGGUUUAUAACGAUAAAUUCAGAAGAGCUUAUAGCAAUUUUGGCUGGCUGAGAUAUUUUAAUAUAGUUCAUAUGAUAGUGAUUGUAGGGGGAAUUAUUUUUGCGAAUUUUUGGCUUUUCCCAAAGCUUGGAAUUUCAGAGUUUGCAGGGACUGGUGUGUAG